AUGCCUCCCAAGAAGAUCGCCGUCAACGCCGAAGGAGGCGACGCCCCCAACGGCCUCACCGAAAACGAGCUCCGCUUCAUCAAAGCCCUCUUCGACAACAUGACCCAGAAGCCCGACGCCAACUGGGACCAGGUCGCCGGAGACCUGGGCCUCAAGGACGCGAAGUGCGCUAAGGAGCGCUUCCGCCAGAUGUCGGUCCGCCACGGCUGGCGCGACGGAUCGGCGCCCACGCCCUCGCCUCGCAAGCCCAGGAACGGCGCGACCGGUCCGGCCGGCGACGCCAAGGUCAAGAAGACGCGCUCGCCCCGCAAGAAGGCCGUCGCUGCUGCCCCCGUCAAGAAGGACGAUGACGAGGAGGAGGAUAUCAAGCCCAGCGUGGACGAUGAGGAUGUUAAGCCCAGCGUGGAGGACGAGGUCAAGGAGGAACAGGAGGGUUCUGAUGGCGGAAUCUGA